AGGGAGAGAUUCUUUGGUGAAUUUUGAGCUCCAUGGCUAGAUUUGGUUUGAAAUGGAGGGGAUUCAGAUUGGGAGCGAUGAAUUUGUGCAGCUUUGCUUUGGCUUUUGCUUUAGUUUCAGCUGAGAGAAGCGUAAAGUGUGAAGCGGAGAGACUGAAUGGAGCUGAAGAAUCUGGAUUGAAUUAUCUACUCAGAGCUGUUAAUUUCUUGUGGCAAUCUGAUCAAUUGGGAUAUCAACAUGUUUGGCCUGAAAUGAAAUUCCGUUGGCAAAUUGUCCAUGGUAGUAUUGUUGGAUUCUUCAGAGCUGCAUUUGGGAGUGUAGGAGGAGUUGGUGGUGGCGGCAUUUUUGUCCCCAUGCUUAGCUUGAUCACUGGGUUUGAUCCAAAGUCCACAACAGCUAUAUCAAAAUGUAUGAUAAUGGGUGUGGUGGCUACAACUGUUUACUACAACCUUAAGCUAAGGCAUCCUACACUUGAUCUGCCUAUCAUUGAUUAUGAUUCGGCUCUGCUCAUUCAACCGAUGCUCAUGCUGGGUAUUAGCAUUGGUGUCACUUUCAAUGUGAUAUUUGCUGACUGGAUGGUCACGGUUUUACUUAUUGUUCUCUCUAUAGGAACGUCAAUAAAAGCAUUCUUGAAGGGUGUUGAGGCAUGGAAAAAGGAAACCAUAAUGAAAAAGGAGGCUGCUAAGUGGAUGGAAUCAAGUGGUACUUCUAGUGCGGAUGUGGAGUACAAGCCCCUUGCUGGCAGCCCAACCAAUGGCCCACAAAAAGAUGCCCUGGACUUGAAGUCACUGUGUUUGAGAAUGUUUACUGGAAGGAAUUUGAACUACUUGUUUUGUUUGGGUUGCAUAUCUUGUGCUGCAGAUUGUUGAGGUUGUGAUCCUUUUUGUCUUUUAUAGGAUUCAAAUAUUUUCAGAAUUGACUGUAAUUAUUGAGGUUAACUGAUUAAAGAUGACUUUUGGUCACAGAAUCAUACAGCUACCUGUUCAACAGCAUUUUGGGUACUGAACUUGCUACAGGUAAAUUUUAUCAUUUU